CUUGUAUAUUCUAGUUUCAGACUUUCAUUCGAGUCAUUUCAUUUCGACAAUCAAUGAUGAAGGGGAGGAUGUCAACUAGUUCAACAACAUUCCUCUUCAUCAUUUUCUUGCUUUCUGCCACUCAUCAUGGACUUUUGCAUGUUUGUGCAAAUGGUGAUCAUACCACCAUGCGGUUGCCGUUAAUUCACAAGUACUCUCCUCAUUUCAAUGGAGGAGUUGGUUUGAUCAAUAAAACCGAUAUAGAUGUCAUGAAAGAGCUUCACCUCCAUGACAUAAUCCGCCACCAAACGAUUUUCCAAAUGAAUAGAGAUGAUCAUCAAAUCCCAAGGCGACAGGACUCAGAAACUAACUCAUCCUUUGCAAUGCCGGUGCAUUCGGGUUUUGAUAUGCUGUCGGGGUUGUAUUGGGUCGAAGUAAAAAUUGGAACACCUCCCAAGACUUUCUUGUUGGCUGCAGAUACAGCGAGUGACUUGACAUGGGUCAAAUGCAAAUACGAUAGAACGUUGACAAAGGAGGCCAAACAGAAAAUGAUAGACGAUCGCAAGAAGAAGAAACACCAUCAUGGCGAUCUCAAAAAGUCAUUAAUUUUUCUCAAUAAAGGUAGGGAAUUUCGUGCUGAUCUAUCAUCGACAUUCAAACCUGUUCCAUGCUCCGAUGGUAUGUGCAGACAAGGGCUCUCACACAUGAUGUCUUAUAAAGACUGCCCAACCCCAACGUCGCCUUGCAGAUACACUUACAGGUACAUGGGAGGGGAGGGAGCAGAUGGUUUCUUUGGGUCUGACACUAUAACAGUACCCCUCGCAAAUGGUAGCAAAACAAAGCUGCCUAAUGUGACAAUCGGCUGCACAGAUUCCUCCCAAAAGUUAAAGCAAGGUGAUGGCAUUCUAGGUUUAGGCUUCGGUGACUACUCAUUCUCCGAGACAGUAGUUUCUUAUAAGUUUGCUGGCAAGUUCUCUUACUGCCUAAUGUUUCAUAGGAGCAACUCGAGUGUGUUGAGUUAUCUUACAUUUGGUCCCAAUAAACAAACUGUUAUUAACAGCCCUAUGAGGUACACAAAGUUGAUUAUGAGGAAGCAGAACGGACAUAACUCUAAUUUAUAUGGCGUAAACAUAACGGGCAUCUCAAUCGGGGGCACAUUAUUGAAGAUACCAAGUCAAUUUUGGGAUGCAACGUCGCGUAAUGGUGGUGUAGUGCUUGAUUCAGGCUCAACCAACACAUUUCUACCCCUACCAGCUUACAAGGCUGUCAUGGACGAAUUGACAGAUGCUUUGUCAAAAUAUAAUAAUUUCGUGCUCAAAGAUCUCCCAUUUGAAUUCUGCUUCAAUGAUAAAGGAUAUGACGAGUCUUCGGUGCCAAGACUUGCAUUUCAUUUUGCAGAUGGUGUUCGAUAUGAGCCACCGGUGAGAAACUAUGUUGUACCUGUGACAACGGGGAUCAAGUGUAUUGGCUUUGUUCCAUCUCUCGAUGACAAGUCUGUUAUUGGCAACCAAAUGCAGCAAAACCAUCUUUGGGAAUUUGAUAUUUCACGUCGUACUGUGGGUUUUGCUCCUUCCAGCUGCACCUAGAUACCUAGUGCUGUACGUAUUAAAUUGACUAACUUGAACUUGUAAUUUCUUCUUCUUAUUCUUUUGUUUCUUUAUUUCGAUAAAUUGGAGGGCCAAAGUUCCCCCCACAGAAAAAAAAAAUGCAGAGGAAAUGAAGUUAGGUAAUACUAUUAAACUCUCAUGUGCAAGCUGAUGUUCUAGCUCUGCAAUGGGGUGUAGUGUGGUGCUUUUUUCUUUGGCUGAGGUUUUGUCUAAGCGAGAUCAAAAUGUGAUGCCCCUAACAAUUCCUUAAUGUAUCAAUCAUAAAUCUUUAUCAAGAAAUAAAAAAGAUAAAGCUAGAACUACUGUACAA